CGUCUCUCGUGACACUGCUCUGCAUGCCUAUCUGGACAAUCUUCUCUCAGUAUGAGAAACAGUAUGCCCAUCCAAUGCAGAUGAAUGUAUUCCGGGUCAUGAAAACUGCCUACCACAUGUUGUACCCAUCAAACGAGCCCUCUACGAUCGACGAGAUAUCAUCACAAACCCUUAUACAUUCUCCGAAAAAAAUCCAGGACCCCCAGACUUAUCAAGCCUUGUCAUCCAUGUUAAUCGCUUUUCUGUCCUGUUCCGAGACAUGCAGAUCCGAGACCAUUGGCGUAAUGUCUGCAUUCCCGUCCCUAGUGAGCUCACGCCGGUCAUUAUGGACAUCUAUGAGUUUGCCCUCGCGAGGUCCGAUGUGUGUUCUCACCAGUGGGAUACAAUGACGGAGAGUUACUUUGCACGUAGGAUAUGGAGACAAUUACAGGUGGAGAGAUACCAUCAACGUGUUUCACAGCGACAGGUUCCUGGUGGCACAGACACCAGAUUACCACCAGCCUUCUGGAAGUGCUCUAUAUGUGCCUCUGAUCUUAUCCACUGCAACAGCUGCCAGGUUGCAUCGUGCGAGUCGCAUGAUUGCCGCGGAUCUUUCGAACCCCCGCUCGCGCAGUGCAUCACGCAUCCAAACAAAGUGCUAUGUCUCCCAUGCCUCGAGCAUCAGGAUUCUCAGCGGCUGGAACAGUGUCCAGAGUGCAACUCAUGGUGCUGCGCCAAGGAUCAGCUAUCAUGUACUGGUCGUCCCGUUGGCAUCGAGUCCAAGUCUUUCUUACGGGGACGCCAGCCCAGUUCGCGUCUCAUGAUGGCAUACUACUCUCACGAACGCGUUCACCCUCCCAAACCUAAGCCCUGCCAGGAAUGUAAACUACCCGGCUGGAGGACUUGCGCCAACACUACAUGUUGGUCUAAUCAGAUCUGCCCGGAAUGCGCGAGCUGUGGCGUGAUGUGUUUGUGCGAAAGAGUGUGGGCUUGCGACCUCUGUGCAGAACGGGUACAUGGAAUCUUCGUUCGAUGUCCGCGUUGCAACCGGCCGUUCUGCAUCACUUGCUCCUCCAUCAACCAAUGCAAGGAGUGUCGUCGCGUGAGCCUGUGUUACGACUGCGCUGAAGAAGCGCCAGAUGCAGACGAUGCAUUGGCGGCUGAAGUUGCCUCGCCAUGCGAGAGUUGCGUGGGAGGUGUGCGAAUGCGUAGGAUUUAUUCAUGGGAGUCACAUCGGAGGUAAAAUAACUCAGUCUCAGACCGAGGGGACCAUGCUCGCAAGCCGAAGCGGUCCGAGCCAGAGGUCAGGAUGGCGACUUGCUAAGCACUUCCUGUGAAUAGAAGCCUUGGUUUCAUUCAGCCUGGGUUCCGACUGUUUGUUUCCCAUAUCACAUAGUGACGUAUAUCACAGAUCAAACAGCGUACCCAGUUCCUUUCUCAUCGUGUCGAAGUUUGAUACUGA